CCUGUGGGCACCCUGUAAGCCCCAUGAGCUUGCUGAGGCCAGUCAGGCCUGAACAGGGCAGUCCAGAAGUGGGGGUGAACAGGACCGCAUUCUCACGGUUGGCUGUCAGUUCUCCACGCUUCCUCAGCUGACCCGUCCUCCAUCAGUGAGGGAACAUGCUCUCGUCUUCUGGUUUAAACGCAGGUGUGGGGAGGAGUAGAAGCCGGCGGUGGCUGGCAGCUAUCCAGACACACGGGGCCAUGCAGUGCCCCAGGGAGACCUGGGCCCUUUGCCUGCCGCAGCUCCCAGUGCGACCUAGGCAGGCCCUCACCGCCCGCGCCCCUGCAUCCCCUGACCUCAUAGCUGCCCUGCGGGCCGGGAUCGAAGACCGCCGUACACCAGCUCACUUCCGGCAGGAAACAAGUCAUCUCUGCUCUCAGUUGGUCUAAGUGCUACAACUUCCUAAACCCAGCCCUGUGCUGGAAGCUGCUUUGUACCAAGAACAGAAAAGUCCCGAAGGAAUGUGGCCACAGAUGUGUUUAAUUCCAAAAACCUGGCCGUCCAGGCUCAGAAGAAGAUCUUGGGGAAGAUGGUGUCCAAGUCCAUCGCCACCACCCUCAUCGACGACACCAGCAGCGAGGUGCUCGACGAGCUCUACAGAGUGACCAGGGAGUACACCCAGAACAAGAAGGAGGCGGAGAAGGUCAUCAAGAACCUCAUCAAGACGGUCAUCAAGCUGGCCGUCCUCUACAGGAACAACCAGUUCAACCAGGACGAGCUCGCGCUCAUGGAGAAGUUUAAGAAGAAGGUCCACCAGCUCGCCAUGACCGUGGUCAGCUUCCACCAGGUGGACUACACCUUCGACCGCCACGUGCUCUCCCGGCUGCUGAACGAGUGCCGCGAGCUGCUGCACCAGAUCAUCCAGCGGCACCUCACCGCCAAGUCGCACGGACGGGUCAAUAACGUCUUCGACCACUUUUCAGAUUGUGAUUUUUUGGCUGCCUUGUAUAAUCCCUUUGGAAAUUUUAAGCCUCACUUACAAAAACUCUGCGAUGGAAUCAACAAAAUGUUGGAUGAGGAGAACAUUUGAGCGUGUGAAUUACGACGGCGACCUUCAGGAUCUGGCCAGAGAGAAGAGCACCGCUGGUGCAUGAAGGAAAGAAGAAUUUCUGUAAGGGUUACACAUAGUUCGGGAACACUGUGCCCAGUUCACUUGUCAGAUGUUAACGAUAGUGCUUUUGUGAUGUUUUAUUUGCGGAAAAGCGUAUUGCCCCAAAUCCUGGUCCAAAGCUUCCUCGCGGGCAGCGGAUAUGGGUGUGCAGACACGGACUCCGUGGAGAGAGACGGUCUGCCCCUCGCCUGAGCCUCCUUGGACAGGCAGCUGUGUGGUGGCACGUCGGCUAUGUCGCACACAUACAAAGCUGUGUGUUGUAAUGCCUUUUAUUCCUUAUUGUGUAUAUGUAUCUUGUUUUAAAAGCCAGAAUGUUCUGUUGUUGUUGUUGCUCCUUGUGAAACAAUUGCAUUUUCAAGUUCGCCCUUCUUUUGUUAAAGAGUGUGUCGUUGCCAUUCUAGAAUUACAUCUGAGGCAGUCGGCUUAGCCCUCAGAAAGUAGAAAAUGGUGCCCCUGAAAUCAACACUGGUGAAAGGAACUGUGUCAGACACGAAUGAGGUCCAAUAUAAGAAGAUGCUUCUGGAAUCAAGGCCUGCUUUGUAGUCCCCACAGUGACACUCAGCAUUCCCCAAAAUAUCAUGGCCUUUCGUGGAGUGGCCAUCCCCCCCAGGGUGGUUUCUCACUUUCCCUCUCACUGUCUCUGCCUCUCUCUCUCUCUUGCUUAAGGCUUAACUUUCAUAUUAUCUUGGAAAUGUGCAGGUGAAAUCUCCAUUUUAAAUAGCCAUUGCACAUGUAAAAGACAGGAAAAUCUAAAUUGGGCUAGCGUUGGGACAAUAAAAAGCAAAUGGCAUUAAUCAAGAAAGAUAAACCAAUCUUUAAUUUUUUAGAGAUUUUUGCUAUAGGGUACGUACACUCGCCAGAAAGAAAAAGACAGAGAGACAGAAAGCGAGAAAUCACCCCCCAGGGGGGAUGGCCAUGCCACAAUCCCUUCU